GGAUGCAGAAAGUUCGGGAAAUUUACAAUCAGAAGAAUUUUUUUAUAUUUUCUAUUAUUUUAAUUUUAUUUUUCCAUAAUAUUCGUGGAAAUACGGACAAUAAUGACGAAGACUUUAACCAACUAAUUGUAGGAGGUUACAGAAACGAUGACAGUUUAUUAACAAAGUUUAUAGUUUCUAUCAGAAUUGGAACUUACCAAAUCGCUUACGGUGAUAAUGAUAUAUGUGGUGGAGCUAUCAUAUCAAAACGCACUAUUUUAACUGCUGCACAUUGUAUAGUGUUCAUCAAUUCAACUGAAAAAAUCCCAAUCUCUGAAUUAUCCGUAAUUGCUGGAUCAAGAUUUCGCUUAAGAGCCACAACCACAACUCAAAAGAUGGCGGUAAGUAAAUCAUAUGUGCACCCACAAUAUGACCCAAAUAUUUCAAAGGCAGAUAUAGGUAUCUUGCAAUUGCAAGACAGUCUUAUAUUUGAUGGUAGGACUGUAAUGUCAAUAUCUAUAGCAAAAGAAAAGCCUGGACUUAACAUUAAAUGCACCAUAGGAGGUUGGGGAUCUAUAUAUUAUCUUGGCCCAUCCCCAGAUAAUAUCUUAUUUGCUGACCUGCAGAUAUUACAUAAUGUAGUUUGCGAAGCUUUUACGAAAAAUUUUUCUAAAGGUAUGAUGUGUGCAGUAAAUCGUAGAACUCCAGAAAUGGAUUCCUGUCAGGGAGAUUCAGGAGGACCUCUUAUAUGCAAUGAACUUUUAUGUGGAGUCGUUUCUCACGGUAUAGGGUGCGGUUGGGGAUAUCCUGGUAUAUACACAGAUGUUGCUUACUAUAGAACUUGGAUAAUUUCACACAGUGGAACCGGGCAAUCUAAUUAUUUAAAUAAAUUCAUAGUUAUUGAACUCUUAUUGUUCUUAUUUUUAUUAUAAAAUAUUCGUUUUUUAAAGUAUGCUAAUGGGUAUUCUUAU